AGCUGGCAGCCGGAAGCUGGGAUCAGCUGAUGGAGGAAGAGCUGAAAAAAAAGGUGAGCCAUCUUCCCCCGGCAGACGGAUACGGAGCGAAAGCUUUCACAAAAGACACAACAGAAAAUAAGCAGGAGGUCGUGUCAUUCGAAGGUGACAGACGGGUUUUAAAAGGCGAGGACAACCAGAGGAAACCGUGAAGGAAUUUGGAAGGAGCAGUUCUGACGGAGAAAUAUACCAGCUGUUAACGUUCGACACAAAAAUCUCUAACAGCGUUAACAAAGACUGAGAAGCAAAAAAUGGAUUAAUAUCGGAAUAUGGAUCAGAUGUAACCGUGUUGUUUUAGGAGAGCGGCUGCAUGAAGGGGCUUCCGGUCGGUGCAGGGCAGAGUGUGCAGCAGAACCGUGGGCUGUAAACAAACAGCUAGCUAGCUUUAGUUAGCCGACCGCUGGGUUAGCAUUCAGCUGCUAACGUACACAGCUAAGCUACGGGGUCAGGGCUGAAGUGAAGAAAACCCAGAGAAACAGAAACAAACUGCUGCAAACUACAUGUAGGAUCACUGUAGCUGUCUUUGGGGGGUGGCGUUUGUUUGUGCGAUCCAUGUUUCCAUUUCUCAGCGUGAAAUGUCGUUCGAGCUAACGCGGUACAGUUAUUUUUCUUUAGCUGCCUAGUAACACAGCUGCGGACUACUGCAUAGCGUUAGGCUGUUCUGAACCUAAAUACCCCAUAUGUCUAAGUUACCGGUCAUGACACCGCUGGCUGACACAAACCGGCUUGUCUUCUGUUAGCAUAGCGCAGCUGAUUGGCUGAAUAGAGGGGAUGAAGGAAAACAACUUUCUGGUUCCAUUAGAAUGGAGUUCUAGCUUUAUUCCUGCUGGGGGAUUGAAAGGCUCCCUUAAAAGUAAGAGAUCACUCCUGGGGAGUGUGAACUGGCAUUGUUGAGGCAGCAGCUGUCUGUGCACUAAACCCCAAUAAUACCUUUAUUGUCCCCACUGUGGGACAAUAAAGGUACCUCUAUUCUUCCCGGAGUGCAAUGAACCUAGGUCUUUAUAAAGUGACUCUUUAGUUUACUUACUGAUAGAUUGUGAGUGUGGUUUGUUGUUAUUCUAAAUACAUUUUAGUUUAGCAGAUUGAGCACAACAUCCCCAGCUUUGUGUUAUGUAGCUGUGUUCUGGGCCCAUUGGUGACCUCUCAGGCUGUGCUUUGGUAGCUAGUGGGGCUCCUUCACGGGUUUGAAGCUGCGUGUGGGUCACUGUUCUCUGGAUUUCCCAGCGCAGCGUAACGCUACAUCCAUCUACGUUCUAAAGCAUUCAGGAAGGUUGAUGUAAUGGAACUGAUGUUUGCUGAGUGGGAGGAUGGGGAGAGGUUCUCCUUCGAAGACUCGGACAGGUUUGAAGAAGACUCCCUGUGCUCCUUCAUCUCUGAGGCCGAGAGCCUCUGUCAGAACUGGAGAGGAUGGAGAAAACAGUCUGCUGGGCCCAACUCCCCGACUGUCAAGAUUAAAGAUGGCCAGGUGACUCCCCUUGUUGAGUUAUCAGCAAAGCAGGUGGCUUUUCACAUCCCAUUCGAGGUAGUGGAGAAGGUCUACCCCCCAGUCCCAGAACAGCUCCAGCUUCGUAUUGCCUUCUGGAGCUUCCCAGAGAAUGAGGAGGACAUCAGGUUGUAUUCCUGUCUGGCUAAUGGCAGUCCAGAUGAAUUCCAGCGUGGAGAGCAGCUGUACAGGAUCAGAGCCGUCAAAGACCCCCUUCAGAUCGGCUUCCAUCUCAGUGCUACUGUAGUGUCCAGUCAGUCUGGUCAGUCUAAAGCAGCCUACAAUGUGGCAGUCAUGUUUGAUCGCUGCCGCAUCACUUCCUGCAGCUGUACCUGUGGCGCUGGGGCAAAAUGGUGCGCCCAUGUAGUCGCUCUCUGCCUGUUCCGAAUCCACAAUGCAUCAGCAGUUUGUCUGAGGGCGCCAGUUUCUGAGUCUUUAUCCAGGCUGCAGAGGGACCAGCUCCAAAAGUUUGCCCAGUACCUCAUUAGUGAGCUGCCUCAACAGAUCCUGCCUACAGCCCAGCGGCUGCUGGAUGAAUUGCUGUCUUCUCAGUCUACAGCCAUCAACACUGUGUGUGGAGCUCCAGAUCCGACAGCAGGCCCUUCAGCAUCUGAUCAGAGCACCUGGUAUCUGGAUGAGUCAACCCUCAGCGAUAACAUUAAAAAGACUUUGCACAAGUUCUGUGGGCCCUCUCCUGUUGUCUUCAGUGAUGUAAACUCGAUGUACCUAUCCUCUACUGAGCCACCGGCCGCAGCUGAGUGGGCAUGUUUGCUGCGUCCUCUGAGGGGCCGAGAGCCUGAAGGCAUCUGGAACCUUCUGUCCAUCGUCAGGGAGAUGUUUAAGAGGCGAGACAGCAACGCUGCCCCACUGCUGGAGAUCCUAACUGAACAGUGCCUUACCUAUGAGCAGAUCAUCAGCUGGUGGUACAGUGUCAGAACCUCGGCAUCCCACAGCAGUGCCAGCGGUCACACCGGGCGCAGUAACGGCCAGUCAGAGGUGGCAGCGCACGCCUGUGCCAGCAUGUGUGAUGAGAUGGUUGUUCUGUGGAGGUUGGCUGUGCUCGACCCCACUAUGAGCCCCAGCAGGCGGUUGGAACUGGCGAGCCAGCUGAAGCAGUGGCAUCUGAAAGUUAUAGAGAUUGUGAAACGAGGACAACAUCGAAAGUCACUGGAUAAACUUUUUCAGGGCUUCAAACCUGCUGUGGAAUCCUGUUAUUUCAACUGGGAGGUGGCCUAUCCACUUGAAGGCAUCACCUACUGCUGUGCUGAUAAGAAGAACAGCACGUUCUGUUGGCCCAGGGCUAUGCAGUUCCAGAGGGGAGUCAAAGCUACUGCUGGAGUGGCUGGCGAGCCUUCUGAAUCCGGAGCAGGGAGCAAAGCUGAUGGUGGAGUUGUGAUGGAUUAUAAAGGAAGGGGUAAUGGCCACCUAUCGCAGCAGGAGGUGGCUGUGCGACCAAAGGAGACAAUUCUGAGCAAACGGAAGGGUUUGUCCUUAAGUGGAGGAGGAGGAAUGCUGGUCCGGCUGGGAGGGAGUGUCUCCCUGUCUUUAGAAGAUGGUGGAGGGAAGUGCAUGUAUAAAGGAGCGGCUUCCGCCUCUGGUGGCAAACUAAAACUGACACCGGGGGGAGGGAAGGUUCCACCUGCAGGGGGUCCUGGGGGAAACGGAGGAAUAGGAAGCAGUAAGCAUGGCAGUGCGAAGCGGAGAACCAGCAGUGAGGACAGCUCUUUAGAACCAGACCUGGCUGAUCUCAGUCUGGAUGACAGCUGCAAUCUGGCUUUGGGGGCAGAGGCCUGUAACACUUUUGAGUUUCUCCCUGCGCCAUCAGAGGUGCUGCCCUCUCCAAGUCCACUGCUCCGAGACUCGCCCAAAUACAGCAGAGGCAGUGGAGGGAGCAAGGGUUUUGAAAUGAAGCACGUUAGUCAUGUCCCAGCUGCACUGCCUGCUGCAGAGUCUGCUCCGGCCUGUUUCACUUCCAAAGAAAACCUGGAUGUGGCUGUGGAUAGUGCAGAAAGGGAAGGUGAGGUGGACCCCGAAGCUGUCCCCAGCAGAAAUAAAGAAAUGUGUAGCAGUGAGCAACUUCCCAGCUCCACAAUGGCAGCAGCAUCUGGCAGCCCUCAGGCUUCUGCCAAGUCACCGUGGGGCAACGGGGAGGCAGAAACCACUGGAGCAGCUAACCAGGGUGGUGAGGUCAUAGGUGGAGCUUCUGAAGGAGAAGCUUUGGCUGAAGAUGACUAUCAGGCGUACUACCUGAGUGCUGCGUCAGAGGAGGGAGCAGACAAACAGCUGGCCGACAGCCACCAGGAAGAAGAACCAGACAUCUUCGCAGGAAUCAAACCGCUCGAGCAGGCUGGACGCAUGGAGGUGCUGUUUGCAUGUGCUGAAGCCCUCUAUGCUCAUGGCUACAGUAAUGAGGCAUGUCAGCUAGCUGUGGAGCUGGCCAGAGACUUGUUGGCCAACCCUCCAGACCUGAAAGUGGAGCAGCCCCAGACUAAGGGUAAGAAGAGCAAGGUGUCCACCAGCCGUCAGACACAGGUGGCCACCAACACGCUGUCCAAAGCGGCCUUCCUCCUCACGGUUCUCAGCGAGAGAGUUGAGCUCCACAACCUGGCUUUUAGCACGGGGAUGUUCUCCCUGGAACUGCAGAGACCACCUGCAUCUACUAAAGCCCUGGAGGUGAAGCUGGCGUACCAGGAGUCUGAGGUGGUGGCGCUGUUGAAGAAGAUCCCCCUGGGCCUGGUGGAGAUGUCAGCCAUCAGAGAGCGAGCCGAGCAGCUUAGGGAUGGAAACCUCUGUGAUUACAGACCGGUGCUGCCUCUAAUGUUGGCUAGUUUCAUAUUCGAUGUCCUCUGCACCCCAGUUGUGUCCCCCACUGGUUCCCGUCCACCCAGCCGCAACCGAAACAACGAGAUGCCCGGGGACGAGGAGUUGGGCUUUGAGGCAGCUGUAGCUGCACUUGGUAUGAAGACGACAGUCAGCGAGGCAGAGCAUCCUUUGCUGUGUGAAGGAACUCGCCGGGUAAAGGGUGACCUGGCUUUAGCUCUCAUGAUCACCUAUAAGGAUGACCAAAGCAAACUCAAGAAGAUUCUGGAUAAACUGUUGGACAGGGAGAGCCAGACCCAUAAACCUCAGACCCUGAGCUCUUUCUACUCGAGCAAGCCGGCAGCAGGCAGUCAGCGUAGCCCAUCCAAACAUACUUCCGGGAGCCACAGUGGGAUGGGAGGUGCCACUGGGGGCGUCAACAAACAUGCCUUGUCAUCAUCCUCAUCCAACGCCGUGGCUGCAUCUUCUUCCAGCUCUUCCUCUGCUGUGCCACUGGCUGGGGAGGAGGUGACUACGCAGGUAGAACUCAGCCUGCUGCAGAACAGCACAGCUGGGGAGAGCGCUGCUGAGACCAAGGAGCAUGUUUCAGAUGGAGCACAGUUAUCAAGUGAGCAACAAAAUGAAACGGCAUCCUUAAAACUGGAGUCCACUGUGCCCAGUCGACUGACCCUAGGGGGGCGCUGUGGAUACAGCCAACGCUGCUGGGGCUCGCCUGUCCGCCAGAAGAAGAAACACACUGGCAUGGCGAGCAUAGACAGCAGCGCUCCUGAGACGACCUCAGACAGCUCCCCCACCCUCAGUCGGAGACCGCUCCGCGGUGGCUGGGCUUCAGCGUCUUGGGCGAGGGGCCAGGACAGUGACAGCAUCAGCAGUUCGUCGUCGGAUUCGCUCGGCUCCUCCUCCUCCAGUGGUUCUCGCAGGGCAGGUGGGGGGGCCAGGGCCAAAAGCACAGACACCAGCAGGUAUAAGGGACGCCGUCUGGAGUGUCAUGCACCCCAUGUGCCAAAUCAGCCAUCAGAGGCAGCGGCCCAUUUUUACUUUGAGCUGGCUAAAACUGUGCUGAUCAAAGCUGGAGGGAACUCCUCCACCUCCAUUUUCACCCAGCCCUCAGCCAGUGGGGGCCACCAGGGGCCACACAGAAACCUGCAUCUCUGUGCCUUUGAGAUUGGCCUGUAUGCUCUUGGCCUCCACAAUUUUGUUUCACCCAACUGGUUGUCAAGAACCUAUUCGUCACACGUUUCCUGGAUCACGGGCCAAGCCAUGGAGAUUGGCAGCGCAGCCCUGAAUAUUCUGGUUGAAUGCUGGGAUGGCCACCUCACUCCACCAGAGGUGGCAUCCCUGGCUGACCGAGCGUCCCGGGCCAGAGACCCAAACAUGGUUCGAGCGGCCGCAGAGCUGGCCCUCAGCUGCCUGCCUCAUGCCCACGCCCUCAAUCCUAAUGAGAUCCAGAGAGCCUUGGUUCAGUGUAAAGAGCAGGACAACGUAAUGCUGGAAAAGGCCUGCAUGGCAGUAGAAGAGGCAGCGAAGGGCGGAGGCGUGUAUCCUGAGGUUCUGUUUGAGGUGGCUCAUCAGUGGUACUGGCUUUACGAGCAGUCAGUGGGCGGGGGCGCAGGCCAACAGCGGGAGCCCCCAGGCCGCUGCGGGGCCAAUGGGAGCUCUGGCCGGAGGCUCCCUGAUUCCACCGGGGGCAUGCUUGACGGUGGAGCCAACUUGGAGUCCUCUGGGGUGGGAGCCGUCACAGCUUCAGUCACUGCGGCAGCCAUAGUGCCCGUCAUCUCUGUGGGCUCCACCAUUUACCAGUCUCAUGCCAUUCCUGGCCAGGCCAUGUCCCAUCCCCACAGCCAAGGACUCCACCCCUACACCACCAUCCAGGCCCACCUCCCCUCUGUCUGCACCCCACAGUACCUGGGGCACCCUCUUCAGCACGUUUCUCGGCCUGCCGUCUUCCCUGUGUCUGGGGCUUCAUAUCCACAGGGGAUGCAUCCAGCUUUUAUUGGUGCCCAGUACCCCUUCUCAAUGGCUCCCGGCCCCCAGCCCUCUCUGUCAGCCGCAGCUGUCACCUUCCCAGCUGUUCCAGUGCCGUCCAUGACUCAGAUCGCCGUCCACCCCUACCACACUGAGACCGGCCUGCCCCUGAGCACCACCGUGGCAGUGGGCAGCGUCCACACUGGCCCCACCAUACAGGCCAUCCAGGGGGCAGCACUGCCCGCUGUCUCCUCCCAGCCUGCUCCGUUGGUGAGCGCCCCCUUCACAGCAGAAGAGGAGCAGCACAGCCAGCCAAUCAGCCAGCAGGGUCUGCACUACCUGCAUUCAGCCUACAGAGUUGGCAUGCUGGCGCUGGAGAUGCUGGGCAGGAGGGCUCACAAUGACCAUCCCAACAACUUCUCCAGAAGUCCACCAUACACAGAAGAUGUCAAGUGGUUGCUGGGAUUAGCUGCACGGCUAGGAGUCAACUACGUGUACCAGUUCUGUGUUGGAGCAGCCAAAGGAGUCCUCAGUCCGUUCGUCCUGCAGGAGAUCAUCAUGGAGGCUCUGCAGAGGCUGAAUCCGGCUCACAUCCACGCCCACCUCCGAACCCCUGCUUUCCACCAGCUGGUGCAGCGCUGCCAGCAGGCCUACCUACAGUACAUCCAUCACCGGCUCAUCCAUCUGACGCCUGCUGACUACGACGACUUUGUCAACAUCAUCCGCAGUGCUCGAGGGGCUUUCUGCCUCACGCCAGUCGGGAUGAUGCAGUUUAAUGACGUGCUGCAGAAUCUCAAGAGAGGCAAGCAAACCAAGGAGCUGUGGCAGCGCAUCUCACUUGAGAUGGCGACGUUCUCGCCAUAGACAGCUCACUGAAGGAUAGCACACCGCCUCCAGCUUUACUACUGCCACCGUACUGAGCCAGGCAUAUCUACACUGCUCCGCUCUGUCAGGGGCCCUUCUCUCCCUCCUGUGUGGACUCGGCUAAAAGUCUGUUUGAUCAGCCCUGUAUCUCUAAUCAACGGAUUUCCAGUUUUUGUGUCAGUCCACUCGGAUCUCAGUGGAGAAACCCGGUCAUCGUCUUUUCCUCGCACACUUGGUCUGCAACCAUUUAUCUGUGUUUAACUGUGAGCCAUUGUGUACUCCACUCUUUUUCUUUGACUCACCUAGAUCUCUUGAUCUUGUCUCCAUUUCUAGUGUUUUAAUGUUUUCCCCUUAGUUUAGUUUGGAUUAAAACAUUUAGUGGGGUUCUUUGCCAUGCUGCAACAUUCCAGUCCAGAGUGGGUGGUCAUGAAAAGAUUGGCCUGUUACUGUCAGGCUGAACCUUUUGCAGCGUGGGACAAUAAGAAGUAAAACAAAGUCUUUGUUGUGAGGAUGUUUUAGUAUUUUGUAUAAUCUUUAUAAUAAUUUGUACUGGCUUAGGCAUGCAUACAUCCAAGACGGGGUAAAGGGUGAGAACACUUAAAGUGCUGUUGGAUCCAUAUUUACAUCUCUGCUCCAGACCUAAACAGGAUGCCUUCUGACAACAGUUAAGCCUGUCCAACAGGUAGACAAUCUGUAAUGGGAGGCAUCGGUCAUACUCGGGUGUUGCUGUAAGUUGCUGAGUUCAUCCUUACAUUUCUUAAAGGGUGGCAGGUUUAUCUAUUUUUUUUUUUUGCAGAGAGCUGUGCUGAGCGAAAGCAAGUGGAAAGGAAAGAGUGUAACAGUUGGUGUCUGACCACAGGAGGAUACUAAAGGAUAAAAAAAAUCCAAACCCAAACGUCUUCACAGCAUCUAGCCGUCUGAUUUCCCUUUGGUGUCUGGUUUCCCACGUGGAUUACAGCAGGUUAAUGUUUGUACAUCUCCCUGUUUCAGCUCGCUUUUUUUUUUUUUUUUUUUACUUUUAUCAGUAAUCAAGCUUCUGUAGAGCUUAAUGAUAAGCUUCCAAGACAACUCCUGCUUCCAAAUCCGGUGUUUUAGAAGGGACCCAUCUAAAACAAGCAAGUCGGGGUACCUCCAGGACCAGGAUCGGCAAAUAUGGGAUAACAGUGCUCUUGUUGUAUUGAAACAUUGGAUCAGAGCCCCUUACAAGACUGAUGGUGGCUCCGUCCUACUGUUCAGACUUUUCUGUCAAAGGACGCAACUUCAAAACAGAACACUUGGCACAUGCGGGGCCCUGGUAGAUCUGUUUGAAUUAAACUUCAUUUAGACCUUUUUUCCAGUGAACAUUGAGGUAUGAGCUGGGUGACAUCACCACAGGGCACCGUCCCCCAGAUGGACAGGGGUGGCUCAUCGCAGACCAAGUGUGUGAGAGAGAAGUUUGGGAAAGGGACUCGGAUCCAGCUGUGCUGCAGCUCUGGAAAAACCUGCCUCCAUGACUGGUGUAACACACGUUUGCUAUCACUUUGCCACACCUAUUUUCAAACACGCAGGUGUUUAACUGGAGCAUCUCUUCAGUGGGGUUAGCUCCAUGGUGCUGUUACUUUGGGAUCCGUUGAUCCUCUGUCCAGACAGCUGUUGUUUUUUUCUGAACCAGUUCUGAGCCUCACAGGUGAAGGUGAGUGUAGAAAAUGCUCCGUGUUAUUUUUGUAUUCUUCAAAACUGUAGCUUAAUCCAUGCGUUCUAUAUAAACAUAUUGUAAAAGAUUCUAAUUUAGAGUAAAAAAACAUUUUUAAAAGUUGAAGAUUAAGAAAGCAAUACUAAAAGUUUAGAGUUUACCUAAUAAAGGUAAUUGAAAACACUAAA